AUGAAGCCCCUGAGGGCAUUUCCCUUUCCUUUGAAUAUUGGGACCGACAUUUGCCAAAUCUCGCGCAUCUACCGAAUCCUCUCAGGUCCUCGUGCUUCACGCUUCGUGAGCAGGAUCCUGUCUCCUGAGGAGCUAGCAAAGAAGGAUGCUCGCCUCGACAUUCUGAAACGGGUGCCGACAAAGAGUGGUGCAUUGGAGGUAGGCCAGAGGAGUGAAAACAAGUCAUUGGUCGGCGAUGAUCAAAGCCAUGAGAGUAUUGCCGCCAGAGACCCUGAACUAUGGAAGUGUGCUGCCUUUGUUGCAGGGAGGUUCGCGGCAAAGGAGGCUGCCAUCAAAGCACAUCCAUAUCGACGCCUAACGUUUCACGACGUGAUGAUUGAGAGGCGCCAGGUGGAGGGAGAUAGGUUGGGGAGCGGGCCACCAGUGGCGCGCAUACGGAGCGGCGAAGGGCAGGCAGAGGAUGCAAGCGCUCUAUUGUCAAUCAGCCAUGAUGGAGACUAUGCGACGGCUGUGUGUUUGGGUCAUGAGCCAAGUAAUGGAGACAUCGAGGGCCAAUAA